GGCGGUUCGGGCCCUGCGGGAGCUGGGGGUUCUGCCGCUCGCAGCGCUACGGCUCGUUUCUCGUUCCGUUGUGCUUUUGAGGGCGGCUGCGUGCAGGCGGAGCGCUGCAGGCACGGGACGGGUAGCUGCGGGGAUCCGGCACGCAGCGCAAAGUGCAGCACACGUGGAACAGCGUCGGCUGAGCGAGCAGCGGCUUGUAUGUUGUUAUCGGUUGUUUUGCCCUGAAUGAACGAAAAAAGUUAGCGCUUCAGAGACAGAACAGCAGGCACGGGGCUUCUCAGAAGGCCCUGUGAUGGAUGCCUUGUGAGAAAAGCUGGAGACCCGCGUCUCUGUCGGACAGCUGGUGGCAGAGCUUUUCGUACGGGCUGCUUCUCCGUUAUGGUGAUUUUCAGCCUGUAGAUAAACUGGCGUUCUGUGGAUGAAAAGCACUUUGGAAAUCGCUUGCCAAGCAAAGAAGUAAACUGGGGGAAGUGGCUCCUCACUGUAUCUUUGCAGCUUUUGUUGUUGUUGUUGAAUUGGUGCUCUGGUUCUCCACAAUGGGAGAUUGCAACUCUGCGUGUUCAGUGUGUGCUGGGUACUGUGGUGCAGGUGGAGCUACACAAGCUGCCCUCAGAAAGCUCCUUCAGAUACUGGAAGCAUCUGAGCUCAUGAAGGCUGCAGAGACCUGAUGCUUGUAUGGUGUUAGAGAAGACAGGGAGGUCUUGGAUUCGGUACUUACUGAGGUUUCAUCUCCUGCUACUGGAGGAGCUUGUGAGCAGAACAAUUACAUGGGAUCAUAUUCUACGAUUCUAAUUGUAUCAAGAAUGAUCUGCCUUCUUAUUUCAUGGUGUUUUUCUUUCUUUCUUUCUUUUGCCAUUUGCCGUUAAUGAUAUCUCUUUUAUGCUUUUACUGUAGACUUGUUAUACUUUUCACGGAUGAGUUGGGCCAUAUUUCCCACUGGAGAGCUAUCAUAGCAGGAAGUUUGGCUGGCAUGGUUGCAACUGUUGUGACUUACCCUACCGAUGUAAUUAAAACCCGGCUUAUUGUGCAGAACCGACUGGAGCCAUCUUAUGAAGGAAUUCUUCAUGCUUUUUACAAAAUUUAUCACCAAGAAGGACUUCUUGCACUUUAUCGUGGUGUUACGCCAGCUAUAUUAGGUGCCGUCCCAUUUUCCGUGGGCUCAUUCUUUGUUUACAUCAAUCUGGACAGAAUCUGGCGAGAACCCGUAGUUUGUUUUACUCCCCUUCAGAACUUCAUAAAUGGCUGUGUAGCAGCUGCUGUGGCACAGACGCUUUCUUUCCCCUUUGAGACUGUCAAGAGGAAAAUGCAGGCGCAGAGUCCGUGGCUCCCUCACUGUGGCAUGGUGGACGUCCAUUUCACAGGCAUGGCUGACUGCUUCCGGCAAACCGUGAACAACAAAGGUGUGCUCGGGCUUUGGAGCGGCCUCACACCCAGCCUGCUCAAGAUUGUUCCAUACUUUGGUGUUAUGUUUAGCACCUUUGAAUUCUGCAAGCGGGUCUGUCUGUACAGAAAUGGUUAUAUUGAAUCUCCUUUGAGUUACAAGCUGACUCCUGGGGUGGAUCAGAGUUUGCUGCCUCAAGAACUGAGAGAAUUAAAGCGCCUCCGAAGAGAAAAUUUCGAGCCAAGGAAAUCGGCUCUUGAAAACUGACAGGAGAGCAUCCAUUGGAGAAGCCUUUUCUUCAGGAACUUUGCAAGAAAGACAUGCUGAACUGCAGGUACCAGCAUCUCAGCAAGUUGCAUGGCUGUAGUGCUGAGACUACAGGAUGCAGGGGAUGAAUAAACCUCUUAUCUCAUUUGCUGAAUGGAUGCACACAAUAAAAGUAGUAAGCAUACACCAAGGAGGAGAGAUGCAACUCGUCUGAACACACUGUAUGCUAUUGCAGCUUGAACUGACGCUAUUCUAGGUGCUUCUCAGUGCUGGAUAGCCACUUUAAGAUAAACCACUUGGAGAGAAUGAAAACUGACACAAGUACAGAUUGCAUCUUCAAAACAUUAAGAAAGUUCAGAUUGGAUUUUUUUAAAGUACCUUGUGAUAAGAAGUCAUCAGAAAAUGGUAAGCAGACUAGAUAGACAAAUGCAAGUAAUUCUACUGAAAUCUCUUUAGUGAUAACAGGUGGACGUGGCAUUCUGCAGAUGCAGAAUUAUCCUCAGUUCAUUCACACUCCAGAAUCCACUCUUCCAUUUUUGAGACUUCCUUAAGAAUAAUGAUUUUGUACAUGUCUUUGGCACAGCAGUAAAAAUAAGCUGCUGCAAUUGUGUUUUUGCUAAUAGACUGUAACACACUGGAAUGACAAUCUUCUAAACGUAGGUGCUUACUGGGAAUCUUUUUCCCUUUCUCCUGUGUACGUGAGUUAUUUCAGGCUUAGAAAAAAAGUUUUCCUGAAAAUUUCUAACUAAAAUAUCUUCUGAAAAAUGCAGACCUUAAGUGUGUAAGCUAUUUCAGAGCCACGAGCCUUACGAUGUUUCUCAGUAUUCUCAAAGUUCUAUUUUUAUGCUAAACUACUUCUCAGUCCUUGUGCACAGACCCUUGUGCUGCUCAGAACUUGCCUGCAGAAGAGCACCAUGCACACGUCUUCUCAUUUUCCCUCUUGAACUUCUGCAGUCCGGGAUCUGCAGCACUUCUUUAGGUUGGAAACUCAGCACAACCACCAGGUUGUCACUGGUGCCACUGCUCUCUCACCAGACUCUUUCAAGCAAUGUAAUACCAUUAUCUGAGAUAACUUCAACACCUGCUUUGCCCCUGGCUCUGAUUGUUGAUGUACCCCACAGCUGAGGUCUUGUGGCAUCUCCAGCAAUGGACUUGCUGUGUACUGCUAUGAUGGUUGGUUUUCUUCUCAGAGAGAAGCACGGGUGUUGAUAGCAAAACUCAAGAUGGUAGGGAGCAGUCCUUGUGGCUUGUGAGCCAGGUGGAGGCUGUAAGUAUUCCUGGCUCUCAUCAGUCUGCCUAGUGAAGGUGUUCCUCUGUGCCUCAGUUUCCCCAUCUGCACAGUGUCAUAACAAUACUGAUGUGUAUUUGAUGUGUAUGAAUAAGGAAACGUGACUUGUGAGCAAGUUGGGGAAGAACUGAUUUCUGAACAAUGCUCUUAUCUGUUCAAAGCAUAGUACUCGGAUUUUUUGGUGUGGUUUUUUUUUUUAACUGAUGUUGUAUUUCUAAAUAAAUGUUAAAGAUUGAA